AUGUGUCGAAUUCUUAAGAAGCUCAGACACUUUAACAUCUCAGUUGUCAUUUGUGUACAGACAGCAAAGAGUUUAAGUAAGGAUGUAAAGAGAAUACUGACUGACAUUGUACUUUUCCCCGGAUUGUCCGAAGACGAUUUCAUGGAACUUAUGAAAGAGUCCAUGGCAGGUAAGUUUGACAGACAUGAACUAUGGGAGAAGUACAAAGUCAUACAAGACCCUCAUACUUCUUUCAGAAUUCAUAUCUACGCAAACAAAGUUCAAAUUGUAAAAAGUCAAGCUUGA